GUGCCAGUAAUUAGUAGUACUUGGCCGGCGUUGCGAUCAGUUGACCUGCGAACCUCAUACACCGCUCCCCAACCACCCUCCCGACCUCCUUCUCCAGCCUAACCAUGUGGCUGUGGCGAGGCGCUCAAUCAGCGGUCUUCUACUAUGCUACCUGUACGCCAUGUGCCGAAAAAGUCGAUCGCCGGAAACGUAUGAAAGAAGCUGAAGCGGCCCGAUCCCGUCGCGCGAAGGAGAAGCAUGACGAGAUAGUUGCCGACCAACCUCGACCAUUCCCUCAACCGACCGCAUUCAGUACCAACCCAGGAUGGGCGGAGGAGAUUGCUCUAGGUCCCGGUCCUCCGGCGAGAAGAGGUGGCAACCGCUCUGCGCAUCGUCGUACCGAUAGUUGGAAUACGGAUGGAAUCUCCACAAAUUCCUGUCGGGAUGUACGUGCUUCACAAAAGAAAGACAAGGGUAGCUUGAUGCAACCGAUAGAAGAUCGAUGGAAUCGAAUGCGAUACCAGCGCGAAGAUGAACCGUUGUGGGGGGAGGAAGUAGAGGUGAAGGGAUCUUCCGUUGGACUUUCGGGUAGCGGUAAAGCGAAUGCCAACGAACCCAGUAAAUAUUAUAUUGCUCGGGUUCCUCCAGUCAAUGAUCUUCAUCCUCCCAUUGUUAGUGGGCCCAAGAGUCGCGCGGAGACACGAUGGAUGUUACAACCAGUUCCUAGCGCUAGGGUGAUGGCCGGAAAAGAUCGUGUCGAUACCCCGACCCAGAAGAGUAGUCCCAGCGACACACGAAUCACUCGCGAGAAGAGUACCAACAAAAAUCCCGAACGAACCCACCUCCCUCCUUUACCCACUCAACAUGUCGAAAAAAAGUCAGCCCGAGCCCGUCCCCCCUUCGCCCACCUCGAUGAUGAUGAUGAUGACGACGACGAUGAUGACCCUCGACCUCUAAAGACACCUGAGCCCAUAGACAACCGCCAAUUCACGUCACCCUCCCCUGCGUACGGACGUGAUGAGUCUAAUUUUGUCAUAGCUUCGUCUCUGCGUUCACGGUCCGAUUCGUCCUCAUUGGCUUCGAUCGACUCCGACGACAUAGAAUCCCCGAGAGUCUCCAUACAAUCCCCGCAGACGCCAAUCUCUCGGCCCAUGUCCAAGGAAGCCGAUGAUGGUAGCAGACUGUUCCGGCCACAGGUGUCGAAGACGUUGUCGAGCUUGCAUCGGGACGUUAAGAAAGUUUCAUUAUUGCAUUUGGAGAUUUCCGAUCCCCAUGAGGAAGUCGGGUUUGGUGAUCUGGAGCAAAUACGGCCCUGGCGUUGGAGUAUGGAUAUCUAACGGGAGUGUUCGAUUCCUUGAGCAACCCUUUAAACCUCGAUUCUGUUUCCUGGAAUUCUGAUCUCAGACCUCUGAUA